AUGUCAAUUGUUCCAAGCUCCGUUGCAGGCGAGUCAUCCAUUUCAGGCGCGUCUUUUUUCCGUGGAGCAACAUUGGCCGAGCUUGAGCAAAAACAGAGGUGUCGGAUCCAGCAAGAUACCAUUUUUAAUCUGGAAUCAAAGGUCCGGGAGCUUAAAGAGGAAAACGCAAGUUUGAAAAUGCGCUUGAUCAACAAAAAAGGCGCUGUUCGACCUGCUGUCUCUGACACAUCGGAUUGCGCAGCCGAAAUAGCUCUCCGAAAGGACCUUAUUCGUCUUGCUAAAUAUCAUUUCAUUUUCUAUCGUAUUAUUGUUCCCAAGUCACUCUUUGGAAAUCCCAGGCCUUCGUUCAGCUCUAACAAUGCAUCUGCUCGGUACAAAGACGAGAAUACAUCCAAGCUUGGCAAUAUUGCGGAAUUGUACGAAUGCUUUCCAGCAAAGUACCAUUCAAUUAUCAGUGAGAAUGUGGAGAUGGCAGUUAAUGUGUUCGUUAAAGGCUUGUCGGAAGGCCGUUCAACAAUACUAAAUAAGAUUCGGACCUCUGCGCCUUCUAUUUUCCCAAACAUUCCAUCUGAGCUGUUCACCUCACCAUUGUCUUUUGGCCUAAGCUCCCAUGCGGUUGUGCAAACAUUGCUUGGUGCAUCGGACCGUGUAAAAGUGAUGACCGGAACGAAGGAAAUCUGGAAGCUCAUUUAUCCCAAUGACACUGCGCACACAUUUCCCCCAGUUUUAUUUGCAGAUUCUGACACCAACAACGCUUUGGGACUUUUUAAAAGUGAUUUUCUUUUGAAGACGGCAAGAAUCAUUCUUCUAGGGCCAUCGGCCUUAAAGGCGGAGAUUAUGCCUCGAACACGGGAAGAUAGUCCAAGCGCCCAUAUUGAUAGUCGUAUGAAUUGUACAACACCAGGCUUGAUAGCUGCGUCUGCAACAGCGACUAUAUACAUCUUAUCCGACGACCGUGAAUUUACCAGUAGUGGUGUAGGACCAACAACAGGGAGGCUUUAUCUUGCUCAACACGAUAUGUACAAGCAUUAUCUCAUUACACAGCAGUCAUCACUCGCUUCACUGUUCAAAUAUUGGGAUAAUAUUCUCUUUCCACACCAAAAACCCAUUAUUCCUACUUCUAUUACACAGCAGCCUACGGAAAUCCUUACAUCAAGCCAUUCCAGGAUGUCGGAUUCCGAGUCAAGUCCAUCUCCGCAUCCGGUUUAUCAGAUGAUUGCCAACUUUAGUCGACAAACAACCAUAACUCCUAGUUCAACAACUUCUAUUCCGGGUCCUAUCGUUAAUGUGGAAGACCGUGACACCGACUCUGAUGUAGAAGACUUUGCGCCGCCACUACAAAGCACUCGGAACCUGCCAUCUAAUACUCAGGAUAUUACUGAAGAUAGAUCUGAUACUGACGAAGAACCGACUCCGGCAGCCUUUGAGUCUGCACUCCAUGUUACAAAUACCACGGUCAAUGCUCCACUCCCAGUAUUUCUCCCAGUUCCGAAGACUCAGACUCCGACAAGCCCUCCCCUUUCUUCCAAUACAGUCUCUGUUCCUAAUGCUUCCACAAGCAUUUCUCCACUUGAAGCACCAGUAAUCAAGCCAAAACGUGGUCGAAAGAAGGGGUUGGCCCCUGUGCAGCCUGACGCAACUGUUGUAGCCAAAACACGGAGCACACGCUCUAGUAAGCGUGCUAAUAUUACACCAUUAUAG